GCCUUGUACAACGCCCUAGGCUCACUCAAGGCGUUUCGAAAUGAAUGAAUACAAUCUCAUCAAAUACAUUGAAAGAAACGUGACUGGUGGAAAUAGAUACAUUCACCAAUGUGGGUGGGUACUUAUAACACGCUUCCAUCGUUGGAUGUCCUCUGCCCAUCCACCAGCAAGUCACCCAGACGAUUUUCUUAAGAACCCUUUUGACCACAACCAUAACUACUCCCAUAUCAAUAUGUGUUCCCCUCGAAUGAUUCUCGGCUUCUUCCUGUGCUUACUGAGCGUCAGCAUGGUCGCCGCCGACCAAGGCACGUGUUUGAAAGAGUAUAUCAACGGGAUCCAGUUAUCCAAAAAGGCCUGCGCGUUCGCUGAUCAGUCAGGCAAUCAUUACACGGCUCUUUACGGGACUAACUGUCAAUCCUUUACCCAGCCCGCAUGCUGCAUGCCCGGCCAAAAAUUGGAUAGUCAACACUGUACCAUUGUCAAAGAAUUCUAGCGAUCUCUGCGACGCCGCUGGACACCAUUUUCAGCUCGGUUGGACCCCGUCGGAAAUUUGCCCGAUGGAAGUAUCUGUUACAACAUAGAUACAAAAUAAAUAAAUGAAAAUCAUUUGUCAAAUUGGAUCGACAUUUUAGCCAAUUUAUAUCAUCUGUUUAUAUCGUACUACGUUUGAAUCUGUUACUUCUUUACAAGCACCAUCUCGGGGCAAAUCAAGGGGGAAUCUGAUCUUCAAAUCAAUGCCCCAGCAACCCGCAUAGCUCCAAUGCAAUCAUCGUUUUGAGCCAAG